AUGCGUCGCAAGAGGUUAACAGCAACAAUUGCUUGCCUGAACACCAUCUUCACCGGCUUCAUUGCAGGGAUAUAUGUAUGCCGACUACGUUCGGGAAGUGUUGCACCUCGCUGAUUCUUUGUAGGCUGGAGAGGUACCUCGCAUCCAGUAUCAGCUCGCAGACCAAUCGCACUGGGUGAUCUUUGGCAAUCUUGUGUAAGUGGCACCAACUUUUCAUUACAAGGCAGCCAUUUACUGACUUCGGUAGCCUCUUUGCUGGAAUGGCAAUCACCACGUUGAUCUUCUGGCCCCUGCCUCUCCUGCAUGGCCGCAGACCUUAUACUCUAGUCGCUUUUGGUCUCCUGCUUCCACUUCAGAUACCUCAAGCGCUGGCAGUCGCGAGCUAUCGGUCGCCAGACACGCUUUUCCGCAUCGCUCUUCUCCUGCCACGAGCAUUGACUGGAUUGGCUUUGGGGUUUGCCAAUAUCAACUUGCUGCCCACUCUGAUGGACCUGUUCGGCGCGUCGCUCAUGUCGGAGAGACCUCAUCAAGAAGCCGUGACCUACGAUGAUGUUCGCAGGCAAGGCGGUGGCAUUGGCAUAUGGCUCGGCAUCUGGUGUUUCUGCUUCAGCAGCUCCCUGUCAAUCGGCUUCUGCGUCGGAGCUUGCAUCAUCUCGAAACUGGAUCCCAGUUGGGGCUUCUGGCUGGUCAUCAUCCUCCUGGCUUUCUUCCUCCUGCUCAAUGUGCUUGCACCCGAGACUCGCAAGUCUGCGUAUCGGCGCUCGGUCCAUCACUUCUACGAUGAUAAUGACCCAGAGAAGAUCAAAAGCAGAGUUGCCAGGGGUGAAGUCAAGCUUCACAUCUCGGAUUGCGGGCCCAAAUGGUGGUGGGAAGAAGUCUGGGCUGGCCUCGUUCUCACAAAGAGAAUGGUGUUGCAGCCUGGGUUCUUCGUGCUGAUGACAUAUCUGGCUUGGAUCAAUGCUCAGCUGACGCUUGUGAUUCUGGUGAGUCUUGUCUGAGCGCAGAUUGCUGGUCAUCGCUAACGGACGCAGCUCCUGGGCGCUCUGCUCUCUCGCAACUACCGUUGGCCUUCUUAUUCGAUCGGACUCGCCGUGCUCUCGGUGCCAAUCGGGGCGCUGUUCGCGAUGCCACUCACCAAAGCGUCUUGGCUCAGUCGUGCUCGCGUGACACCGCCACGAACUGACAGCAUGACGAUGCGAUCGCCGCGCUUCACUUGGUCGUCUCACUUUACCCGGCGCCUCAUCUUCUCACUCCUGUUACCACUCGCCGGAUUGGGAUACUGCCUGAGUGCCCCUGGACCGCCUCUACACUGGAGUGCCUGCGUCAUCUUCGCGGGCCUCGCCGGUUUCCUGACGGACCUGGGCACGGCGGAAUGCGUCGGCCUGAUCAUGGAAACGUUCGACACGUGCGACCUCCAGCCGGGCGUCAACACCAAGCACCGUCUACAAUCGAUGUCGGACAACGCGAAACGGCGUCGGACCAACUAUUCCUCUUUCCCGCGCGUCUGCGCCGGGUUUUUCGCCUCGCAAUCUCUCGGCUUCUUGCUCGCGGCUGCUGCGACGGUGGUUUCCGGCCGGGUCACGGACGCCUAUGGCUCGCAGACGGCCAUCUCCAUCACCGCGGCUGUCUUGCUGGGCGUCACGGUGCUCUUCUUUUGCAUCAUCACGCGCUUUCACGAGGUGCAGGUCGUUCCGCAGUACACGACGGGCACGUGGAAGAUUGGACAGGGGAGUCCUGAUGCCAGCAGCGGAGGAGAGCCGGAUUGGAAGCCGGUGGUGAUUGGACAUGCGUCGGGGAAGAUGAGGAGGGUGAAUUUGCUUGAGAUGGGGAAGUGGACUCGUUGGAGUGAGAUUCGGAGGUUGAAUAAGUUGAUUAGACCUGAGGAUUGA